CGUACAGCUAGUGGACUUUUCUGGCAGCAAGUCGCAAGACAGCUACGUCAUUAACCAUCACAGCUUCCCCCAGCCAGCCCAGCCCAGCCCAGCCCAGUUCAGCAUGCAAGCCGCAGCUGAGAGGAGGAAACUCACCCAACCAGUGUAUGUGUGUGUGUGUGGGUGGGUGAUUGUGUGUUCCUCCCACAGCUGGGCAAGGGUGAAGCUGGAGGAGCUAUGAGGCAAUUGGAGGGGCACCUUUUCCCAAGUUUCGGCAGGCUCUCCUCCAGUGCUGGACUCCGCAAUCCGAGCCUCCAUAUUAUAUCCCAUCCCCCAAGAUCUCGAACCUCCGCUCUUUCGGUUCUGACGGCUGAACUACUCGUGUGCCAAUUCUCUUCGCCUUUCUUGUCUCUCGCUAGACACUGGCUAAUCGACGAAGCAAUACCUGCUUCUUGGUUCGUUUCUCACGGCGUAGUCUCUGCUACGAAUGAUCAGGACUGCCUAAACCCACCGGCCCAUCGAUACUACAAACAAGCAUUACAGCACAAGAGGCGUCCUGCAGGGUUCUGCAUGGUAGCAACAUGAACAUCGACGAGCAUAAGCUGCCGACUGGCGGCCAGCACUACAGCGCCCGGAACAAGAUCCCCAACAUCCAUGAGUUCGUCGCCCAGCUCGACAAGGAAAAGCGGGAACGCGAUGCCGCCAUCGAGGCCGAGGACAAACAACACAAUAAGAUCGAGAGACAUGCCCAGAAGCAACCUAAUGGCGAGUCCAAGGACCACGUCCCCUCGAAGAAGGAGCGCAAGAAGACCAAGACGGUGCGGGAUCCUGUGACCGGCAAAGACGUCGAGAUCGAAGACCCCAAGGACGACUUUGAAGAUAUCGUCGAGAACCCUCAGAUCUCUAUUCCCAACCAGAACUUGGGAAAGGAGGCUACCAUCUCCACGUCCUCGAAGCAGUCCGGCGAGGAGUAUCGACAUGCGCAAGAUGUCACGGCACCACCCGACCCAGUCGAGCCCGGUAGUACCUCCGAUGUGCCCAUUCACAGCGAAAAGACAAACGUCACCUUUUUCAAAACCCCCAGCGUCAGCUACGAGCCCAUGUUCGAACGUCUCGAACGCCGCGCCAAUAUCUUGUGCGCUGGUAUCUUUUUCAGCAUUGUCAUUGUCGGCAAGUUUUUCGGCGGUGCCCUCUAUGGCUUGGUACCGCUUGGGUUCUGCGUUGCAUCCGGUGUCUUCCUGUGGGUCAAGGAUCUCAUCACACAGGGCCGGAACACGGAAUGGUCUAGUGAACAGGAACGAGGUGAGACAGCCACUGUCAACCUGGUUCCCGAGUCUGUCGAGUGGAUGAAUACUGCACUCGGAAUCAUGUGGAAUCUGAUCAACCCUGAGAUGUUUGCCGGUGUUGCUGACACUCUCGAGGACGUCAUGGUUGCCUCGGUUCCCGGCGUCAUCGAGAACGUUCGUGUCGCCGACAUCUCUCAGGGCAGCAAUCCUCUUCGCAUUCUCAGCUUGCGCGCCCUCCCCGAUCAUCAUGUAAAGGACAUCAAGGACGAGGCUCACAAGCAGAACCAGAAGAACACUGAUCCCAAUGAGUUGGCAGCCAUGGAGCAGGCUGGUUCCUUCUACAACCUGGAGGCCUCGGUCGCCUACCAUGCUAAGCCAUCCGGUGCUGAUGUCUCGUCCAAGGCCCGCAACAUGGGAAUGCAACUCAUCUUCUAUCUUGGUGUCAGGGGCCUCUUCGGAGUUCCCCUUCCAAUCUGGGUUGAACUUCAGGGUCUCGUCGCCACGGCCAGAAUCAGACUUCAGCUCACUCCCGAGCCUCCAUUCCUCAAGACUCUCACCUUCACGCUGAUGGGAAUCCCCAAGGUGCAAGCUGGUUGCACUCCAAUGAUAGAAAAGGGUGUCAAUAUCCUCAACUUGCCCCUUAUCUCCAACUUCGUGAACUGGGCCAUCGGCACUGCAGCUUCCAUGUACGUUGCUCCUAAGAGUAUGACCUUGGACUUGAGCAAGAUGCUCCAGGGCGACGACAUCAAGAAGGAGACACUUGCCCUCGGACUUCUCUUCAUCCGCAUCCACAAGGCCGUUGGUCUCAGCAAGCAGGAUCGCCGUGGCAGCGAAGGUGGUGGCUCUGACCCUUACAUCACCGUCGCCUGGAGCAAGUUCUCGAAACCGCAGUUCUGCACUCGUGUCAUCCAGGACGAUCUGAACCCCGUAUUUGAAGAGAGCUGCGGCCUGUUGGUCACCGCCGACCUGAUCAAGGCGGACGAGCAGCUUUCGGUCGAGCUUUGGGACAGCGAUCGCUCAUCCGCAGACGAUGUUGUUGGAAAAGUCGAACUAAGCAUCCAGAAGCUCAUUCAACACCCUGGCAAGAUGUUUCCUCAGGUUUCGAAGCUUGCUGGCGUCAAGGCUGAAACCACGAUGCCCGGUGAGUUGCACUGGGAGGUUGGCUUCUUUGGCAAGACGCAGUUCCGCAAGGCUCUCCGCACUGAUGGUAAGGACGUCAACCUGCCUCCUGAACUGAAGGACAAGAAGGAGCUCCAAGACGAAAAGGGCACUAUUGAGACCGAAGAGGAAGAUGCCGUCGAGCACACUCCUCCCGACCCUCUGUGGCCCUCUGGAAUUCUUAGCAUUGUUGUUCACCAAAUCGUUGGACUGGAGCUGGCCAAUGUCAAGGGUUCCAAUGGAAAACGUAAAGGACGCGAGUACGAGCCCGCCCGCCUGGACGCUGGCGAAGUCAAGGAGGAACAAGGCAGCAAGUUGCCAAGUUCGUACUGCACGAUUCUCGUCAACGAUGAACUGGUCUACAAGACGCGGACUAAGGCCGUGUCUUCUCAGCCCAUCUUCAACGCUGGCACUGAAAAGUUUAUCCGUGACUGGCGGUCAGGUGUGGUCACCAUCACCGUACGCGACUCACGCAACCGUCAACACGAUCCCAUCAUCGGCGUCGUGCCCCUCAAGCUAUCUGACAUCCUUCAAACCGGUAGUGAGGCCACAAGAUGGUACCCUCUGGAUGGCGGUGUUGGGUACGGAAGAAUUCGCAUUUCGCUGCUUUUCAGAUCCGUUGAGCUGCGCCUACCACCAACUCAACUGGGAUGGGACGUUGGUACUUUCGAAUUCACUUCGCGCGAAAUCACCGCCAUCGGCUAUGGUCACACCAAGACCAAGAUCAGGCUCCGCACGGGCGGCAGCUCUGUCAGCGUCAAGAGGGACACGUGCAACAAGCUUGAGGACCAGGAGGGGUCCUUCUGGGACAUCAGUGGCGAAAACAAGCACGACAAGAUCCGACUACCCGUCCGUUACCGAUACAGGUCUCCCGUCUUCUUUGAGUUUCACCCCCCAGGAAAGCGUCAUGCAGAAGCAUUUGCGUCGCUUUGGCUUCAAGAUUUCCCUGACCAGGAGGAGCGAGAUUUUGACAUCCCAAUCUGGAAGUGCGACAAGGGUUUACGUCUCUCUCAGAACUACAUCACCGAGGAGAACUUCAAGAACAUCCCCGACAUCCACAUUGAAGAGCUUGGCCGGCUUAAAUUCCGUGGUCGCUUUUCCACCGGAACUGACCGCGACCACGUCAAGUUUGUCACUAGCAACGAUUCACGCGAGACCAUUGAAACUUGGGAAGCUUGUUUUGCAGAAGGCGUUCGGGGUGAGGAAGUCAAGACUGAGGUUCCUCCCGCGGUUCAAAGGCUCCAUGAUGAGUCUCUUACCCAUGGUCGCGAUGUUCUUGCCCAGGUCGACCCGAAGGAGAAAGAAAAGUGGCUGUCCAAGGAUGGAACCGAUUGGAGUACGGCUUUUGGGAAAGACCCGACUCAUUUGAUUGACGGCGAGCAAGAAGAUCUCAACUCCGAGGGACGCGAUGAUUUUGAUGAAGAUUUCGAUGACGACGAUGAAAGUAGCGACCUCGAUCUUGGGAUCGCCGACGCCAGCACCAAAGGGGGCAGCGACGGAACCCGACAGUCGACCGACAGCAAUGCGAGUGAGACACCUUCGAAUGCUUCCAAGAAGAGCAACGGUCCAAUCCAGGCUUACAAGGACUACAAAAGCAGAAGCCGAGACCUGCAUCGCCAGCACCGCGGGCUGAUGCAGUGGCGUCCGAUGCGUAACGUACAGUUUGCGAAGAACGAGGCCAAGUUCGCCGUCCGCAAGAUCACCAAGCUUGGCGCUCUCAACGGGCGCAAGCCGGAUGUCGAGACGGAGGUCUAAUACGGAUUUUCUUUUGUCUAAACCGCAACCUGGGCAUGCCUGAGGAAAUGAGAAAAGGAGCAGUUGCAAACCGGGCUCCUGUUCUUACGGCCUUGGAUCAUAAUGUUUAUGAAGUAUACCUACAUUAAGCAGAUUGUAACCAUCGGGAGGGCGGCGUUCAAGGUGUGUUUGUAGCCAAAGCAAGCAAUAUUACAAUAGUUUUGAGAUCAACGAUCAGUUCCAACUAGGUGACAUUGAAAAACAGCCAUAACACUGACCGGAUGCCAAUCCAAGAUCGUCCUACUGAGCGUCGAAUAACAACUACUCGCGUCUAUGGACGACAAUGCUCCAUCUCUCAAUCCCGUGC